UUUUACAACUCCUCUUGUUGUUGAGAGAGAGAGAGAGAGAGAAUGGCUCUGGAAGGUGUGAUUUACCAGCAAGAUCCACUCAUCUAUGGCUGCAUAGAUUACAACUACUGUACGGAAUUGGGCGUUGAAGAGAAGUUUAAUGUGGAACAGAGUAGUGCAAUUGGAUAUUGGGAGUCAUCUCCGCCUCUCAACGCCACUUCUUCAGCGGAGGCCCGCCGCAAGAGGCGCCGGAGCAAGACCUUGAAGAACAAGGAGGAGCUGGAGACCCAGAGGAUGACUCAUAUCGCCGUCGAGAGGAAUCGCCGCCGCCAGAUGAACGACUACCUCGCCGUCCUCCGCUCCUUGAUGCCUCCUUCCUACGCUCAAAGGGGAGAUCAAGCAUCGAUUGUUGGUGGUGCGAUCAAUUUUGUGAAGGAACUGGAACAACUACUUCAAUUUCUGGAAGCUUACAAGUUGAUGGAUCGACAAGACAUGGGCAGCAGCAGUGACAAAGUAUUUCGUAAUUUGUUGAGCUUUCCUCAAUACUCUGGGAAGGCGGCGGACAUCGAGGUGACGAUGGUGGAGACUCAUGCAAGCAUCAAGAUCUUAGCCAAGAAAAUGCCUAAACAGCUCCUCAAAAUGGUGGCUGGAUUUCAAUCAUUUUGCCUCAACAUUCUCCAUCUUAACAUCACCACCCUUGAUCAAUCUGUUCUAUACUCUUUCAGUGUUAAGGUAGAAGAUGAAUGCCAGUUAAGCACAGUGAAUGAGAUAGCCACAGCAGUGCACGAGAUGGUUGGAAGGAUCCAACAUGAUUCUACAUCUUUAGCUUAGACAGGGCGCCACACACUGCCUUUUUUUAAAUCAUAUUCAUUUGUAAUUGUCGCAUCUCUCUCUCUCUCUCUCUCUCUCUCCAAAUUGUAAACAUAGUCUUAGGAUGCAAUUAUUGUAUGUUACUUUCUAGGAUUAUUAUAUUUACCAUAUAUAUAUGAACUAUGGCCUGUUUGGGAACGA